AUGGUAUUAAUUACAAGAUAUUUACCAAAGCUAAACGAACAACCACCAAAAUUAGAUGGAUUAAAUAAAGAUCAAAUUUGUGAUGUUGUUAUCAGUAAUACCACCAUCGGUAUUAUCGAUCAAUUAACAAUGUUAGUAGCACACUCCAAUAAUAUAUUUAAAUCAAUUACAGACGACUGUUGUAAAGUUACAGAAAGAAUACAGAAAUUAAGCAGCAGAAUUAAACCAUUAAUUGACUCAACUCCAUCAAUCGAAGAUUAUCACCGUAAUACAUCCAUCGAUGUUAUGAACAGUCGUAGUAGAGUCGAAUAUCACGCAGAAAACACUGAACACAAUCAACACUUUACACACGAUUCCAUUCCAAACUCAGUUAACGAUGUAUACCAAAGCAAAUGUAAACCACCACCAAAUCUUUCAUUAUUAGACCCAUAUAUGGACGACAACCAAAAGAGUUUGAAAUUAUAUACCAAUCCAGGAUUUUUCAUGGAAGAAUGGAUUGCUGAACAACAAAAGCAACACGAAGAAGCUAGACAAAGAAGACGUGAACGUAGAGAAGCUCGUCUCAAGAAGAAGGGUGAAAAAGGUGAAGCUAACGAAGUUAAAAAAGUUAAAUCCGUUACAAAAGUACGUUACGAUCCAGUUACUGGUGAAAAAAUUACAAUUAACGUUGAAAGUCCAGCACAAUCACACUCCUCACCAGCUCAAUCCCAUCACGUACCAAGCUCAAAUCAAUUUGGUAACACCAAUCAACAAUAUCACACCCCACCACCACCACCAACAAUGAGUCAUGGUGGAGGCAAUCAAGCUUCAAAUAAUUUACCACCACCACCACCAACCUCUGGUUACUCCACUCCACCACCACCAAUUUCACACUCUAACUCUCAAUCACAAUUUUCAAAUAGACCACCAUCCACUGGUUUCAAUGCUCCACCACCACCACCAUCAUCUUUACCAAACCAAGCUAAUCCACGUAUCUCUGUUCAUAAUAUGGCACCUCCAGUUGCUGCCCCAGCUCCUCCACCACCACCACCACCACCAACUGCUCCAGCUCCACCACCACCACCAAUGAUGGCUAGUGCUGGAGGUGGUGCUGCCGCCGCCGAAAAACCAAAAGCCUCUGGUGCUCGUUCCGAUCUUUUAUCUUCAAUUAUGCAAGGUAUUGCCCUCAAACCAGCUGAAGAACGUAAAAUUCCUGAACCAACAAGCAAAAAAGAAGAAGCUGCUGCUCUUAAUGUAGCUGAUAUCCUUGCUAGACGUAUUGCAUGGGCUGCUUCCGAUUCUGAAGAUGAUUCUGAUUCUGAUUCUGAUUCUGAAUGGGAUUAA